UAUAGCUAGGGUGGCGGAAGACUAAUCUCUUUUUCCCUUUCUAUCCUCAACAACAGUUCGGUCUCCUUGUUCUCCCGUCAUACGUUGUGUGCCGCUCACACCAACAAUGUCUCUCUUUCUCUUAAGACCAGCUGUUUUUCUUCUCGCUACAAUCUAUGCUUGUCCUAGUCCGGCCCACGCAGAAGUCGCUUCGCACAGCGGAAUGGUGUUCGGGCCUGACUCAAAUGGUGUAUGUUACGAAGGGUCCUUCCAAGGCUCAGCUACGCCGUGUCCUACACAGAUUUACCCCCAUCUACCAAAAACUGUUGUUGCUGCGAUUGUGAUCGCUGUCGUUUUCGUAAUUGCCCUAUGUGUAGUUCUUCUCUUAUGGCGCAGACAGGUUCGAGCCACCACAGAUGACAGUGCCAGCUCGCUGUUCGACUUUGUAUCCGGAGAAAGGAGGCUGAGCACCUCGAACUCAUCGCUAUCACCCAGUUGGCCAAACUCGCCUCGUUUAUCUGUCAAGACAAUGAUUGACUCACAAUCAAUCUUGAACGAAAAGGAAUUGCACGAAUCCGAGUCAUACUUUCACCAUUUUUCGCAUGGACCAGAAGCUGAUGUCGAAGGUUCAGUUGAAACACUUACUGCAUAACACUCGACUGCGCUCUUUGCUAGCCCCGAUACGGUGGACUUCUUUAUUUUCUUGCUUCACCCUGACCCUGCCAUGAACCGUUAUUCCCUCCACGUUCCUUUCCUUUGUGCAACUACUAUGUCGUAUUCUAUACACAGUAUCUCUUUCUUUCAGCAGUACGUACCAGUAAUUUAC